UCGGCGGAGGGCGGCGCCGCAGGGGUGCCCGAAUCGCUGCUGCAUCCCGUUGCCUCCCGCGCGAUAUGCUGCGCCACGCCGCCAAGCCGUCCACCCGCCGGAUCGCGGUCGGGGCGCGGGCGCUCUCCUCUAACUCGCUCCUCAAGCAGAGGCUGAUCGAGCUCAUGCCGGAGAAGCAGGCGGCGCUGAAGAAACUCAAGACGGAACAUGGCGCCAAGAUUGUCGACAAGGUGACGAUUGACCAGCUGAUCGGCGGGGCACGCUCAAUCAAGUGCAUGCUGUGGGAGACGUCGCAGCUCGACGCGAUGGAGGGCAUCCGCUUCCGCGGGUUGACCAUCCCCGAGCUGCAGGAGAAGCUCCCGACCCACUCCGGCGUCGGCAGCGUCACCAAAGAGGAGCCGAUACCUGAGGGCAUGCUGUGGCUCCUGCUGACGGGCGAGGUGCCCACCAAGGAGCAGGCCGACUCGGUGACGGCGGAGCUGCACUCGCGCGCGAAGCUUCCGGCUCACGUGGAGAGUAUGAUUCGCUCCUUCCCGGAGGGGAUGCACCCGAUGACGCAGCUCUCGUCUGCCAUCCUCGCGCUGCAGACGGAGUCGGUCUUCGCGCAGAAGUACGCGGAAGGGACCAACAAGACCCUCUACUGGGACCACGUGUACGAGGACAUGAUGAACCUCCUCGCGAGGAUGCCGGAGAUCUGCGCACUCAUCUUCCGCUGCACCUACUACCCAGAGGGGGGGCGGGCGGGGGCCAAGAUGAACCAGUACGACGCCAGCCUCGACUACGCCGCCAACUUUUGCAACAUGCUCGGCGAAAAGUUUGCGGGCGACAAGGGCUUCCACGAGCUGAUGCGGCUCUACAUCACCAUCCACACGGACCACGAGGGCGGAAACGCGUCGGCGCACACCUGCCACCUUGUCGGAUCGACCCUCCCCGACCCCUACCUCUCCCUCUUGCUCGGGCUGCAGGCGACCCUCAAGGCGGAGGGCAAGCCCGUCACGCCAGAGUCGAUCACAGAGUUCGCGUGGAACACGCUCAACUCCGGCAAGGUCAUCCCGGGGUAUGGCCACGCCGUGCUUCGCAAGACGGACCCGCGCUACACGUCGCAGCGCGAGUUUGCGCUCAAGCACUUCCCCGAGGACGAGCUCUUCAAGGUGGUCAACACCGUCUACCAGGUGAUGCCGGGCGUGCUCACCGAGCACGGGAAGACAAAGAACCCGUACCCGAACGUCGACUCGCACUCCGGCGUGCUGCUCAUGCACUAUGGCUUCGACAAGUACGACUACUACACGGUGCUAUUUGGCCUCGGGCGCGGGUUUGGCGUCCUCGCGCAGCUGUUCUGGGACCGCGCCCUCGGCUUGCCGCUCGAACGGCCGAAGUCCGUCACGUCAGAGUGGAUCAACCAGUUCAUCGAGAAAAACCCGAGCGGCCUGAAGUGAUCCGAUGAUGGCCUAUGGCGGUCUCGCUCCCCGCCCCUCCGCUGCGCCCUCCGUUUCCCUCUCCCGCCCACCUCUGGUGUCUCGAGCAACGCCCCUCCCCGCUCGGCGCUGGCCAGGAGCCGCUGCUUUGCCUAGUCCUCACCCGUGUUCUAUGUGCUCUAGCCGUGGCAUGUGGCCUCAAGUCAGGCCGGACAUUGUGGUGUGGUUUCUAGUGCUACUUCUACUUGCUUAGCGGGAGCGGGCAUGUCGUUCUACUUGUACUUCGUACACAUGCGGCGGCAACUGAAACCCGUGUCUC